GGAACUUUGGUGCAAAAUGCGGUUAAAGCCACGAUUGUUGGUGAUGUGAACAACGCAGUCGCCCCGAUGUACGAUAACACGAGAAGAUAAACAAAUACCGAUGAUACCGAAACGCAAACUGCCGAGUUGACGGUAACCAAAACAGUAACUGAGGUACCAAAACCUGGGUACCUCAUCUACCCAAUGACUGAUGAAAUUGUCAAGUCGGAUAAUGCCGAAGAUGGCGAUAAGGUAGCCAAAGAUACAAAGGUCGAUACCGAAACGAAGGAAACGAAAGAAACAAAACCGAGAACUGUAUCAUUUAAUAGGGACGUACACGUGAAAAGAUUCGAUAAACCGCGCGCAACGCGUACUACAUCAUCCGACCAACCCAAGUCCAUCAGAAAAGAACCAUUCACACAUUUAUCAGAAAAGGAACUCAUUGAAGAAGCUAACAAAGUACGCGCCCAGGCUGAAGGCAUUACUUGUACUUCUGAUCAUCCACCUGAGAAGUUCUUCUCUUUACCACAUAGAAGAAAAAAGGACAAUAAGAUCGGAAGAAGGAACAGCGACGAAGGUGCCCCUGAGAAAACUCCUCUAGGACGAUCAACCAGUGAUGUAAGCAACAAAAGGAGAAAAGAACGAACUUCACUAUCUACGCUGUUCAGAAGAGCACAAAGUGGUAAAGGUUCUGAUGUACCAGUUGUUGUUGCCACAAAACCUGUUGCAAUUGUCCAGAGAAGUAAAAGUGACGUGUCCGAUCUAAAGUCUAACACAACACUAACCACGCAGAACAAACCAAUUCGCAAAAGAUCGGGCAGCGAAACUGAAGAGUUCCUUAAGUCAUUAAGAAAUAAGAAGUCACAGUUAUCACCCAUCAUAGAAAGUUCACCCAGAGAAGAUUACUUCAAGAAAACGUCUCCCCUGGACCUGUACCAGAAACAAAAUUCUGCUCAAAAAGAAAAUAUCUCUGAGAAAGAGAAAACAGAAAACAAAAAGGUUAAUCCUGUUGAAAAGCCUCCCAGGUAUAAAGCUCCUGAAAAACCUGAGCCAAAAGCACCCUCUAGAGCUAAAAAGGGUAAAUCACAAGAGAAGGAGAAAGAGAAAUCACCACAAAUCACUGCUACACCUAAACGAAAAACUGAUGUAAAAAAGACAAUUCUUGUGGAUGAAAUUGACUCGACCAAAAGUAAAGACACAAAUUCUGCUGAUGUUAAAGACAGAAUCAAAGAUAGUAUAAGGAAAAUUGAAGAAAACGUUUAUGGUGAUAAAGAAAUGAUACAUAGUAGUCAGCAACCGCCGGACAAACCGCCUUUGACUCGAGGGCAUACUGUAGACCACUUAGUGAGAAUUUUAAAGGAAGACCAAUCGUCACCGCCUCCUAAAUCUCAUUUGAUUGCACCUCCCAACGGAACUAACGUAAAUCAACCAUUUUCUUACAUCAAACCAAGUAUCAGCCCUGAUCCUAAUCUUUUUGUGAGGAACACUAGUCCUGAUAGAGUACCCUCGCCAGUCAACAAGAUGGAUAAGGGGGUGGUGUAUGCUCACGUGGUGAGAGAUCACGACACACACAUCAAUAGAUUAAACAAACAAACAGUACAUAAAACUUAUUCUCCGUCCAAAGAAAAGUAUGGAAACUUCUCCGAUGAAGAUGAAGGUUUGGGCUAUGAGGACAGACACAAGUUUGCUAAAACUCAAAUGUAUGACUAUGAUUACAAAAACAAGGAAAAUGACAACUUCACUAACUUUGAACCGACCUACAAUAUCACUGAUUCACCCAUAAGGCCCAGGUUUAGGGAAUACAAGCUGACCAGCUUUGAAGACUUUGAACCAACUUAUGCCAAUGAAUAUUCACCAAAAGAUAAGUCUCCUGAUCUAAGUAAUCAAUACAGAGGAAGAGGAGAUGGUAUGGAUACAAAAAAGAAACAAUACGAGACAGAACCAACAAAGAUUGAUUUAGAUUUCAAUGAACUAAGCCACAGACGUCAGCUUUUGGAAUCAAGAUUAAAUGCUCGAAGACUUGAUAGAGAGCGAAAUAUUGAGGAACCCAUAUCGCGGUAUUUACCUGAAGAUCCUAUAUAUGAAGCUGAAAAACGUAUGCAAGCCACUGAGCGAUACGUGAAUGAAACAGUUCGUUACUAUCGGAAUACAUUAGAAAGGGAUGGUUUCGCUGAAAGCAGUGUUACUGAAGAUUACAGUAAGUAUGAUUCGGACAAUAAUAAAGUCAAAUACAAUACAGAAAGUAGAACCUUCCAAAAAGUUCCUAAAGGAGAACUUGAUAGGCGUGAGUUCAUUGAUAAGUUGGAGCCUAGAUACAAGAGUUCUAAAAAAGAUUUUCCCCCAGAGCCUGAGUAUGAGCCUCCUAGUUUGGAUUCAAACACUGGCAAACCCUUACUCAGCCCUGAUGAAUAUAAAGAGAAGAAAUAUAAAGCUAAAAAGCAACUUACUUCUAGUCAUGAUGUACUUCAAACUGGACAAAAAUAUAAAGGCAAAGAAUAUUUCGGUAAGAGAAAAGGACAUUACUCCUCCAAUCCUGAGAUUGCUCAAGAACGUGAAGAGGAUUAUGCAAAUCUCCCAAAAUAUGCCGAUUCAUACCAUUCACUGCGUCGAGUGAAAAACAAAGACAGAUACAAGGAAGAGUUUGGCAUGACACGACAUGAUUCUGGUGAUAGUAGAGAGUACUACCGAGACGACAGAUCACCUCGUCGCUUCGAUAUUGAUAACAGACUAGUUGAUUCUGGAAUUGAAAAUGACUUCAGAAAAGACUCCAGCGGAGAAAUUCAUAGAACGAGACACAGGAGACAUGAGAGUGACGAUGACGUUAGGGACACUUCUUUAUUUUUGGCUAGUGAACGACAGCAUACAGAAGAUAACUAUCCAGCUGAGCAAAUAUACGCUAACGGAGAGUAUUUGGCAAGGUUUAAGGAUUAUAGGGAUGAUGGAUAUAGGAAGGAGUACACGAGGCGAGAUAGAAGUGCUGAUGAAGGAUCACAUUUUGAGCCAAAACAUGAAAGAUACGAAAAAAGUCCUAGUAGACUUGAUGACAAAGUCAGUGCGAAACCGCCAAAGGCAAAGAAACUAACUGGACUUGAAAAGAUGAAGCAGCUGUUCUCUCGCGACUCUUCUAAGAAGAGCAAGAAAGAGAAGGAAGUGGUCCAGCCAAAGACUCGCACACGGGUGCUCAAGAGCCCUGAACAUCUUGCCAGAGACGACUCCGAAUACAGAAGGUACACCGACCCAGAACCAAGUGACAUCAUAGUGAAGAAGAUCGACUAUGAAUGCAAGGCAGACGAGCGAAGGUACAGAAAUUCCAGGGAAGAUCUGGACAGGCACAGGAGCACUAGAGAAGAACUAGACAGGCACAGGAGCUCCAGGGAAGAACUGGACAGGCACAGAAGUUCCAGGGAAGAACUGGACAGGCAUAGGAGCUCCAGGGAAGACCUGGACCGGUACAGGAGCUCAGACCCUCGGGACAGCGACCCUGAGAGGAAAUAUAGAGAGGAUUAUGAUGGAAGAUACGACAAGACCCUAAAAGAAGAAAGAAGAUACAAAGAACGCAAAGAGGAAAAGAGACGGUACCAUUCCUCGGAUAGAGAGAGUGACAGGCAGUCGAGACCUUCUGACGGAGAGAGUGAUUUGAGGAAGUCGAGAUCCAGGCCUUUAGACUCACCCGCUUUGGCUGAACGUUACCGCGAGAGACGCAGGUUGGCCACGCCGAGCCCGACUCCAUCCCCGCCACGACGGCAGGCCGCCCCCACACCACCCGCUGGCAACUGGUUCAAGUCUCUCGAUCGUCUUACCAGGAAGAAGAAGAAUACUAAGAUCGAGAAGGAAAGUGUAAUAACAACAGAAGAUGAGGCACCACGGAAAACGUAUCCCAAACCCGCCAAACCUUUGACAUCACCUGCAAAGAACCUUCGCUUCUUUGGAGACACAGAUCCAGAUUCAGAUGCCAACGUCAAACCUUCAACAGAAACGAAACGGUACACUCAUACAAAACAUGGUACACUGAGAAAAACCAUCUCAAAUUCCAGCACAGGUCUAGAUGAAGUAGAUCAUGGUGAAUUAACAAGCAAAAGCUACUCUCUAUCGAACCUACAUAGAGACGAGAAAAGCGAAUCACCGAACGGCAAACACUACAAACGAAAUCUGCAGAACAUAUCCGAAAUACAGAGUAAUUCGGAAACAGAGAGUCAAUUUGAUAGGAAGGUGAAUGCGAAGCCGCCAAUCAGUCCGUAUGAAAGGUCCAGGAGUCAUAGCAGUUCGAAGACUUUGAAGGGAUCUAAAGGAGAUGUAAGGCGGAGACAUGAUGAUAGAGGCAGCUCGUCAGAAUUGAGAGGCAGUAAGCAGGAACUCAGCAGGGAUGUUAAACACCGCCGCAGGACACCAGUUACUAACUCUGGUGAGAGCAGCACUGAAGGCGAUUCCAGUCACCAAUCACAGCGCAGUGUCGUUUACUUACAUGCUACUACUGUCGGUGACAUACCAGACCCCGGUCGCAUGACACGCAACCGCUCCCGUGAUGACGUCUCCUCAGUCAACUCCUCCAACCUCCAAGUUCGGACCACAUCAAAGAGCUUCUCAAUAUUCGCGCCCUGGACACCUAAACAUUACAACGACCAACACGAUGUCCACUACGCACAGCGACCACGCAAAUCAAAGCCCAAAGAAAUUGUGAAGAAGGCAUCCUCAACAAAAACGCUGACAGAAGACAGGCCGGUGACGUUACAAAAAAAUAAAUCAUACAGCCAAACCACAUUGACUAGGCGACCACAGAACAGUCGGUUAACAAGCUCUAGCUCAACACUAUACAAAAAAUCUGAUAAAAGAAUCAAAGACACAAACACCACACCACGGAAAUCAGUAGCAAGAGAUGGCAAAAAAUCUCAAUCAAGCGAACUAUUAAACCGGGAGAGCGACAGAGAAAGGGUAUCCCGAUCAAUAUCUAUGCCCAAAGAUAAUAACAAAAAGGCUGGAUGGUUCAGGUUGUCGAGCAAAAAUAAAAAGCCAGAAAUCAAUACUAGAGUUCGUUAGAUAACUCAUCGGUUCUUAGAACGCUGAUCAAUGCAACAAUAAACUAACAUAAGAAGCUAUCAAAUCUUUUGUCUUGCGGUGUGAUUGGUUAAAAUCCCAUUUGCUUUGACCUUAGAUGAAAAUUGAUCAGCCUUCUAUAAACUAUGGAACAAAUAUUAUAAUUCCAAAAUUCGUCCACUAAUGUUAAUAAGAAUAAUCCGUCCAUUUGUUAAGGGUAACCAACCAUUAAGAUCUUUUACUGACACAAUACAAGCGUGUGCCAUAAACCAAAAUGGUUUCAUAUCUACAAUGAGAGUGUCCUAGUUUGUCAUGGCCCGAUGUAUAGGGAUGAUGACAGGGUAUGAAAAUUUAAAAUCUAAAUUAGUUCGUCAGUUAGGUAAUGAAAAAAUAUUAGACA